AUGGUUUGUCCAAAGAGUGCUCGCGAUAAAACAUCCCGUCGAAAGACCUCAACCGUGCAGGGGGAGGUGCAUUCAUCAGAAACUUCAUCCGCAGCUUCUCACAUCGCGACGAUCAAAGUAGUGGGGGAUCUUGAAACUCAACCGCACACGUCCUCCCCGCCAAAAGAGAACCCAACGCCGCCGCCAACUUCCUCCACGAAGAUAUCCGAUCAACAUUCUCCCUUAUCUUUGAUGGAUCCCUUUCUUCAUUUCUCAUCCACUUCUAAGCGAAAGCGCAAUCCUCGACGAAGCGCAACCCCCAAUUCCUCCACAAUUCAUUUCACCGAAGUGCAGAUUCUCCAGAGCCAGCUCCUCGCCCUCGCCUACCGCUACGCACGGACGGCUUUAACCGAAGAGAUGCAGGCGAUGAAGGCGCCUCAAUUGGCCGAAAAAAUACCGGGGACUAAUCCCAAUAACAACGCGGGUGGAAAAAUUCUGUCGUCCGCGCGAACAAAGAAAGGAGAAAGGGAGAAUACUUCAAAAGCUGGGGAAACUAGUGAAGCCCCUGCCUUUAAACCACCUCUCUCUACACUAAGCACAACCCACCACGAUGGCGAUAUUUUCAUCCGUUUGUGGGCGCAAUGCCUCUACCAUGAAGAAAAUUCUUCCAAUCCAAUGAAAAAGGAGGAAAGGGUGAAAAAGGAAAAAGAGGAAGGAGAGGAUUGGAUUGGUAAGCGGAACCCUUCCUCUGCGGCGUGGUGUCGUCGUGUUUUCAUGGGGCUUCCAUACGGAAAAAACCCAGCGGUAGGAUUCAUGAAGGAUUUCCUUGCUUUGCCAAAAAUUCCUAAUCCUAUCCAAUUGACAUACGCCGAAUCGAUUUUUCUAAAAGAACGGUGUAGGAACUUCAAUCCCCUUGUUAAGUCAUUUGAAGCCAUGCCGUUAUAUGAUGAAAGCAGAUAUGAACAACGUCCAGUAUGCAUUAUGCAUUACUUGUGA